CCUGCUGAUUGGAUGAGAGCGGCCAGGCCUGAGUCAUGUGGGUGAGUUCUUUAGUCCAGAGUGAAAAUGGGGUUUGGUGUAAAUCUAAGGUGUAUUGCUGUCAUAUAUCACGCUACCUCGUAAAAACGACACUGAGGAUUCUGGGCCAACAAAUCAGGGAGAAAAAAUAUGAGUUCUUAUUAUGUGGAUGGUCUUCUUAGCAAAUAUACGGCGAGUAGUUCUCUGUUCCCAAACAUAGACCGGGCUUCUUGCGGUAUUGGACCCAGUGAAGAGGAGUAUGGCUCGGCUCGGACUGCUGCGGCCAUCGCGUUUGCCCCGUCCCGAUCUGGAGUUUACAACGUCAACAAUGCAGUGUACCAGAGCCACCCUAUGUUUACCUCGGGCUGUGGCCGGGGGCAGGACGCACACACACUGCAUUGCAGCCCGUUUGACCAGAGCCGCCUGUUCACCGACAGCUGCUGCCAUCCGGGGCCGGGACCCCUCACCUCGCCGCCGGACAAACAAUACCGGAUGUACCCCUGGAUGAGAGGAUCAGAUCCAAACCGAAAGCGGGGGCGGCAGACCUACUCCCGGCACCAGACCCUGGAGCUGGAGAAGGAGUUCCACUUCAACCGGUACCUGACCCGCAGGCGUAGGAUCGAGAUAGCCCAUGCCCUCUGCCUCUCAGAGAGACAGAUCAAAAUCUGGUUUCAGAACCGCAGAAUGAAGUGGAAGAAAGACCACAAGGACGAACUGGUGCCCACCACAGGGGAAAAGGAUCAUGAUAUCCAAGCAGUGUCCGAGGCCGAGGAGCCCGAUGCUGGAGACACACGAGGAGCCGGUUUGGAGUCAGAAAAGGCUGCAAAGUAACGAAAGAAACGGACAGACAAUUAAAUCGUCAAUGAAAAAACAAACAAAUAAACAAGCAAAUAAAAAAGAAAAUCGAAACCACACUGUUAUUAAUGGAUAAAGGAAAUCUCAAAUGCUCACACGCCACUGAUGCUUCUACGAGCUUUGUAGGCUGAUUAAUUGAAUGACAGCUGAGGGAAAUUAUGUAAUAAGCAUUUAACAGAAAACCCGAAAUACAUAAGAAGGCUCCGCAUGAAAGAGCGAUAUUAUCUACCUAAUCAAACUAUAUUUUUAUAUAUACUAAUUUAACCUGACUGUACUACUGAAUCAACAUUCCUUAACGAAAAUCUACCUAAUAUUCAAACACUGACACAACGAAUAUCCCUCCUAUCCGAGGAUUUCACCCCCACAGACGGUUGUAUUUCUAAAAGGGAACAAAUACAACAUUCUGCGUGAAUGUGCCUUAUUUUGAAUAUAGGCUAAUUAAAAAGUGAAUGUUUUCUCAGUCAAAUGCCUCCAAACUGUGAGAUUUCAGUAAGUUCAAGUACCUGUGUAUCAUUUUUAUUCUCACUGUUUAUUAAUUAGAAGAUCAAUUAUUCCUGUUAUCGACUUAUUUAUCUUGUCUACAUCUUAGGCUUGAAGGAAAUAUUUGUUUAGUUUUGGAUGAACUUCCUACCUCAGAUUCCCAGAAAACCAACUUGCUUAUGAUAUUGUAAACAGGAAUACCCUAAUGUAAAUGUUUUGAAGUCUUAGCUGUGUUCUGUAAAUGUUGGUAUUAUUGCAUAUUUAACGCCUAUAGAUUUUCAAACAAAUAGGCUCAAUGCAUGCACAUUUAUUUAGACAGCAUUACAUUUCACUAUCAGAUUAUUACUUUUUUUUUUUUGAAGUGUAAAAUGAGAAGGCUAUAGUAAUUCAAAAUGUGCAACUACUGUGAUAUUUUUAGGUUCAAUGUCCAAGUUUUCAAUGUAAAUAAGAUAAUAUGUGAAAAAAUAGAUAUCUAAACCUUUUAGAUCUGUGUUAAAUCUGUAAACGAAAGUAUAAUAAUGGAAUAAAAUAGUUUCUACUUGUCUAUUUGUUUAUUUGCUUUCAGCCUUUGCGCACUUAACAAUGUGUUACCGCAACAACCAGGUGAUAAUCAUGGUAAUUAGAGGCGCUUACAGUCACCAGUAAGUGCCGCUUACAGUGGCCAAUAUUAGGUUGCAUGUAAUGAAACAUGUUGCAGUCCAUUAUGAGGGUUAGGUAAACACUGGAGUUGGGGAAUGUGAGCUAUGAGGAUGCGAGAUGGGGCAGGCUGCAGAUGAAGGGAAAUUACUGCUGAACUCUGCAUUCCCUCUUCCCUCGGUAAG